GCUCACAGGCUCACAGUGCAGUGGCCCAGUGGCCGACGGUGAGGUCAUUGGAGACACCCCGAGACAGGAAAGCAAUGGAGACGGGACGGCAUAGGUCACAGAGCCUGGGAUCUGCAGGGCUCGCGUUCCACGCACUCCUCUGCUCGUCGUUGCUGCUCAACGCCGUCUUCUUCGCGCACCACCUCCUCAGGUCCUCGCCGACGGCAACGCCGGAGCGGCUCGGCGACGGGCUGAGCUGGGCGCUGCAGGCGGCCAGGGAGGCCGAGGCCGUGGCCGCCGCCGACUGCUCCGGCCACGGCAACGUGUUCCUGGAUGGCGUCACCGGCGAGGAUGGGCGGCCCGGGUGCGAGUGCAACCGCUGCUUCUCCGGGCCGGACUGCUCCGUCCGGACGCCCAACUGCACCGCCGACGCCGACAGCGGGAACCCGUUGUUCCUGGAGCCGUACUGGAGACGGCACGCGGCAGCCAGCGCCGUGGUGUUCUCCGGGUGGCACCGCUUGAGCUACAUCACCACCGGCGGCCGCUUCCAUUCCGUCGAGCUCGAUCGCCACAUCCGGCUGCUGCACAGGGCCGUCGGCAACGCGGUCGUCGACGACAAGUACUUGGUCUUCGGGGCCGGCUCCAUGCAGCUCAUCAACGCGUUGGUGUACGCGCUCUCCCCCGACGGCAACGCCGACUCGCCGCCGGCAAGCGUCGUCGCCACCGUGCCGUAUUACCCGGCGUACAAGUCACAAACCGACAUGUUUGACGGCCGGGAGUACAGAUGGGACGGCACCACCGCUACGUGGUCAAACAACGGCUCGCGAAACUCCACCAAAGGCUUCAUCGAGUUCGUCACCUCGCCGAACAACCCCGACACCGCGUUGCGCAAGCCCGUCCUCGCCGGCUCGUCGGCGAUCGUCGACCACGCGUACUACUGGCCUCACCUGACGCACAUCCCGGCGCCCGCCGACGAGGACGUCAUGCUCUUCACCGCUUCCAAGCUCUCCGGCCACGCCGGCAGCAGAUUCGGAUGGGCGCUGAUAAGGGACGAGAAGGUGGCGAAAAGAGCACUUUCGUACGUAGAGCAGAGCAUCAUGGGCGCGUCCCGGGACACCCAGCUCCGGAUGCUGAAGAUCCUAAAGGUGAUACUGGCCAACCUGCACGGCAAGGAGGACAUCUUCGCCUUCGGCUAUGACGUGAUGAGGAGCCGAUGGCGAAGGCUCAACGCCGUCGUGUCGCGGUCCACCCGGAUCUCGCUGCAGAAGAUACCGCCCCAGUACUGCACUUACUUCAACCGGAUCAAAGAGCCAUCGCCAGCCUACGCGUGGGUGAAAUGCGAGUGGGAGGAAGACGUCGACUGCUACGAGACGCUGCUGGCGGCGGGGAUCAUCUCGCGGUCCGGCACUUUAUCCGAGGCCGAAGCUCGGUACACGCGGAUGAGCCUCCUCAAGGCGCAGGACGACUUCGACGUGCUCCUGGAGAGGAUCACCGAAUUCGUCGAUGCCGAGGAGCACGGCAGAGCUCCCGGUGGCUCCAGCUCCAUGUGAGAAAUCGUGAAUUGAGAGGGUGCCAAGCUUCGUCUAGCUGGCUUCGAUGGGCGCUGUGCCGGAACGAUCAGCUCUACUAUCUGAUUGUUCUUGGGUAAGUUCAUGGGUACAAUAAUCAAGGGGAAUGAUCAGCUAGACGUUGAUUGUUCCCCGUCAAUAUUUGGACGAACAGGUAGAUAUUGAUUUGUGUGUAUUGACGAAUGAUGUAGAUAUACACAAGCAAUUAUGUGUUUCAGUGAUCAACAAUUGAAUAUGUAAUUAAAUGAAUAUCAUACAUGUUACAUUUACUACUUAAGGCAGAACACUAAUUUGUGUGCAUA